CAUUUGCAAUUUUAAUCAAGUAGAAAGCAGCAUUCAGACAUGCGUCGGAUCAAAUCUUUUUGAGUGACAUUUUUACCUCAAACUCAAGAGAGACAAAUUUGAGGCUGGUAAUGUUUGGCCAUGGUCUUCCACCGCCGAACACCAAGACCACAAAUAAUAAUAAUCCAGCACGGCUCUCAAGGCGGAAUUUGAACACUGCAUCCCGACGUCGACAAAGCAUUGGUCAGUCGGUCGACCAAGUUGUUGAGCAUCACUUGGCCCUUCGCUCCAAAAGUCGAGAGGAUGCCAUAUCUCCCGUUUCGACCAGCUCAAGCCACUCUCAUCAGAGUGGAUACUACCCAAGUUUUGGAACGCAAACCUCUCAAAGUAUUCCCAGUGAGCUGACGGAUGUCAAUGAAGCGCUGGAACUGCGCCUAAAGAUGAAUUCGAAUCGGAGGCGAUCGGGAGGGUUCAUGAUCCCAGAUCUCGGGCCAGCUCCGCAACCCAAAAAUGUUGCGCCCAAGUUAAAGAACUCUCUCAUCCAAAUUGGGACCAUUCCCCCUCAAUCGAGCAGUCAAGGUACUUUAGUUCAAUCAAGCGGUCAGAAGAUGAAUCGGAGCCAAUCCCUCUUUCCUCAAAGCGGGACAGUAGCGCCUAAUCUGGCUGAAUGGCCUCAAGAGAGGAGGAGGGGAGUUCAUCCUUUGACUUUCACAACGCAGGAUCAGACUCAACCUAGUGCUACCAUGGUGGGAAGAAAGAUAUCCCUCGGCCUGUCUUAUGGACCAAUAACUUCCUCGGUUGAUGAUGAGGCACUCUCACGGCGACCGAGAAUUCCCAAUUCCAGAAAAGCCCAAUUGGGAGACCCUCUCCCCAAGAGCCCCAGACACAUGCAUGGAGCCCUAAACGGAAGCAUCGAAAAGAGCUGGCGUCAACAAGUUGACGCAGCCACUGCUCGGGUAACAGCUCGCUCCAAUAGCCGAUCAAACCACAAUCAGUAUCCAACAGAAUCUCAACACCAGCAUGCUCGAGCAUUAGCAGACCAGCCAAACUAUGAGCGGAAAUUGUCGGCCGCCGCACCCGCAAAUACCUUGACUCUGGAUAAUUGGUUCACCCAAGACCCAUUGUCGCCCGUCGAGAGCACAGACUCGUCCCGACGAAAUAGCGGCUUGGCACCCAUUCCCGACGUGGAAGACUACAUGAUACCCAAAGACUCGGUAGCGGCCAUGGAACUUCGCGAUCUUGAUGAGCAAGAGCAAGAUUUUUCAAUUUCCCCUCCUGUCAACCACAAUGGAAAGCAAAAGCUCAUUAUUCAAAGACAAGGCCAACCGUUCACUUUGGAACUGGCGACGAGUUUGAGAAUGUUAUUAUUUGGCACCACAAAUCGGAGUUUUCCUUCGGGAUGGUGGAACCAGGCCUUCGAGUUUGAUGGUAAACUCAAGUUCGGGUUUCGACAAAUCCGAGGCGGUCCGUGUGGUGUGUUGGCUUCGGUCCAAGCCAUCCUUCUACAAGCUCUAUUGUUUGGCAGCCAAUUGGAUGAUACAACUCGAGCGGUGGACCCACUGGCUCCCAAUAAACGAGAGAGAGAAAAUGCUUUCGUGGUAGCGAUUGCUUCGAUUCUGGCCAAAUGCGCCCAGAAGACCAAAUCCAUGGUCCUGGUCAUGCCUUCAUCCAGGACUCACUUUACUGGCAUUGGACGAUACAAAGAUGAUGCUGUCACCGAGACAUUCUCACGCUAUGAAUUUACGAAAGUGAAAGACGUUAUCCGGUGUUUAGAGGAGAACGUCACCUUUUUUACCGCCCCUGGAAACCAUGGCGUGGUGGCGUUUUUAUAUUCAGUGAUGCUCACUCGGGGAUUUGCCAACAUACGCGACGACAUGGACUCGCCUGAUUUACCUCUGAUGGCAGCCCAUGGGUACUGUUCCCAAGAGAUGGUUAAUUUGUUCCUAGUUGGUGAGGCCAUUUCCAAUUCGUUUGAUGGGACCGUUACACUUGGAGGCGAAAAUGGCUCAUCCGAAUUUACCAAAUUACGAGGCAUUGACCACCGUUCGGAUAUUGGGAUGCUUUCUCUGUUCGAGCACUAUCAAUCCAUUCGCGUGGGGGAAAAUUUCAAGACCCCAAAUUAUCCCAUUUGGCUGAUUUGCUCCGAGUCUCACUUUUCGGUAUUAUUCGCCACAGUCCAGGGUGUCCAAAAUACCAACGUGGCCGACAGACAGAGUAUUCAAGUGAUUUUCUACGACGGACUGGCCAUGCAAGAGGAGUUGGUCAAUUUGACCAUUGAUUGCUCCAAAAGCGAAUUGGUAAAUGACGACCAGGAUCUGGUGCCACCUCUGGAAUAUUGUAUCCGAACCAAGUGGAGAGAUGCUUAUGUUAAUUGGAAUGGGCAUCAGAAAAUUUUGUAACCAUGUCAUUCGACUAUUAAGAUAAUAGUUUAAACUUUCUAAAAAGAGUAUCUCCUUUCUCUCCAGUCAUGUCUAUCUUUGAUUGCUUUUUUAUCUGGAAUUUGACCUUGUCCAUUGAUUAUGAUUGAGAAUGCAGAAUUCGUCAGGUCAUUUCCCAAAUUAUGGAUCUGAUUUUCAAUACUGUGGCAGU